AUGAGUGAGGGGAUGUUAUCUAAGUCCAGCCUCCUCUUGUUGAUAUACGAAAUUAUAAAAGUGAAUAAUGAUAUUUUGCAGAACAGUGAUUUCGACUUAAGCAGCGAUGCCUCUGACGAUGACGACAUUAGCGGGGGAUCAACAGAAAAGAGGUUACCCUACGGUACGGACGAGGCGGCGGUGGGUACCCCCCAGCGCGAGGAGGGCACUAUUAGCGGACGGGUUCGCGAGCGUGGGGUGCGCAACGAUGCCGUUUGUAACGGUGCGAAUGGAAACCUGCUUGCAGAUGGCGCCACAUCUCCUAACGGGCAUAAACCAAGCGGCAAAGGCAAGGACAGCCCCAUGCACCCACCCCGCAGUGCCGAGGAGGAAAAGAUAUCGAACAUUUUAUCUGGGAAGUUAAAAGGCAUGGGAAAAGACAUCGGCAGGAAGCUCAUCGAGAGAGUGCUCAUUUACAGAAACGACUUUAGUGAUCUUAAGGACAUCGCCAAACUGAUUGGAAGAGACGUGUGGUUAAUUUUGUUCAAUAAGAGUGUAGAUAAAAUACAAACCUACAAAAAAGGGGUGUAUGUCCUUAUCGACAACGACAUGGGCACUUACCUAAACCAUUUGCUUCUCGACAACAACACCAACCAGAAGGCAAACUUUACUCACUACGUGCUUGUAUUAAUACUUGGCAUCAUCAAAGGCAUCCUGCAGCGGUUCCGUAUGAAGGGUUCCGUCACCUACACCCUGGACUACCCCACUUGUACGACAAUGCGAAAGAGGAAGAAAAGAGAGAAAAAAAAAAAUGCAUCCCGAUCUCUAUAUUCCAAAUCACACCCACCGUACUUUACACACUUAUGCCAACCUCGUAGGACGAAGAAAUCGAUGUGCUCCUUCCAGAUAAAUAUAAUAGACGAUUAG